AUGGAGAGUGCAACUGGCUCAAGAAAUGAGUAUGACGUGUUCUUGAGUUUUAGAGGGCUUGAUACACGCCAAACAUUUACCGAUUGUCUUUAUGAAGCCAUGAAAGGUACUGGAGUCCGUGUUUUCAGAGAUGAUGAUGAAAUCCAAGGAGGGCAAAACAUCAAAGACGAACUUUGGCAAGCGAUUGAGAGCUCCAAAAUCUACAUGCCCGUCUUCUCUAAGACCUACGCGUCAAGUAAAUGGUGCCUCAAGGAGCUGGCGAAGAUAAUAGAGGUUACAUCCCGAUCAAAUGGAACGAAAGAGAUCCUUCCCAUUUUCUUCGACGUGAGCCCAGGUGAUGUCAAGCUUAAAACUUCACUUUACAAAAAUGAGCUAUCCAAUCAUGCGAAGAUGUAUGAAGCUGACAAAGUAAAAGCGUGGGAAAAGGCGCUCAUGGAGGUUGGCAAGCUUAAGGGAUGGAAACCGAGAAACGUAGGCCAUGGCAGACUCAUCACAUCGGUCGUUGAAGAUGUUUUAAUUAAGCUGAACAACAGAAACAAGAUUCUGACCAAACAUUUAGUGGAAGAUCGCAAGCAGGUCGACGCUGUAAUGGAACUGCUGGACAUUAAUUCUGGCGGCACUCAUUCUGUGGGAAUCCGUGGGAUUGGGGGAAUCGGCAAAACGACACUUGCGAAAGUUAUUUUCAACAAAUUAUCCCCUCACUUUGACUGCAGCAGCUUCCUCGAAAAUGUUCGAGAGAUAUCACGACGGUCAGAUGGCCUUGUGUACUUGCAGAAGAAACUCUUAUCAAGCAUUCACCGAUCAAGAAAUAAUGAACUUUAUGAUGUUGAUUGUGGGAUCGACAUGAUAAGAAGACAGCUUUCAAAUAAAAGGUUCUCAUUGUUGUUGAUGAUAUGGAAGAGAAAGAUCUUCUGGAAAAGCUAG